UGUUUGGGUCCCGGCUCCGCCCCCUGCACCGCCCCUCCCGCCGAGAGCGAGCGGAGUGCGCCCGCGAACCACCCCGGCCCAGAUUCGUCUGUUCAGGCUGUCUCGGGUGGGUCACUUUUGGUGAACCUCACUUUCCGGAGACACAACCCCUUUCAUCUGUGUUGCACCACUUUGGCGUGUAGACGUUGGAAAGCACAGCCUUACGAUUCCCUCUGUGGGAAGGCAGUGGCCCUGCUCUCUGUAAAAAGAUGUCCUAUGGAUCCAUCGCUGGCAGUGGCGGCCUGGGGAGCCACGGCCCUUUCGGGGGACCCUCCAGACAAGGCUAUCAGCCCCUAGAGUGCGCUAAAUGUUGGACCGAGUAUGGAAUACGCCAUUUCCCCUGCCCGUCGCCAGAGAGCAGCCCGCAGGACCCCUGUGUGGGCAAGGACGGGGAAGGUGAUCUGGGGUCGGCGGGCACGCCCAGAGGCCCGAGGGCCAGGAAGCGAGGGCCAGGGGUCGCCCCCGAAGGCAGCGGGACACCAGAGCCCGGCUCACCGCCUGCCGCGAGCCCGAGGAAGGACUCUGCCGGCGGGGCCCACGGCCGGCUGGCGGGGCCCGGCGCCACGCGGGCCAAGAAGAGGAAACCCAACUUCUGCCCGCAGGAGACAGAGGUCCUGGUGUCCAAGGUCAGCAAGCACCACCAGCUGCUGUUCGGCACGGGGCUGCUGAAGGCCGAGCCCACCCGCAGGUACCACGUGUGGAGCCGCAUCCUGCAGGCCGUGAACGCCCUGGGCUACUGCCGCCGGGACGUCGUGGACCUCAAGCACAAGUGGAGGGACCUGCGCGCUGUCGUGCGGCGCAAGCUGGGCGACCUCCGCCACGUGGCCCGCGGCCCCGGCCGGCUCCAGGCCUCGGCCCUCACGCCUGUGGAGCAGGUGGUGGCCGAGACCUUCUCCUGCCAGGCCCCCGCCCCGGAGGGCCUCGGCCUGGAGCCGCUCAGAGCCACCCAGGUGGACCCAGGUGACCUCCAGGAGCUGUUCCAGCAGACAUCGGCCAGCGUCUUCCGGAUCAACUCCAACGUGACCUCCUUGGAGCAGAGCCUCCGGUCCCUGGGGACACCGAGUGACACGCAGGAGCUGAGGGAGAGCCUGCACGCGGCGCAGCAGGGGACCAACAAGACCGUCGCGGCCAGCGCCAGCGCCUUGAAGCAGAUGGCGGAGCUCCUGCGGGGCUGCUCCCGGCAGGAGCAUCUCCAGCUGGACCGCCUCAGAACUCAGCUGUCGGAUGCCAUUCAGCGCUACGGCGCAGUGCAGAAGAAAAUUGCAGAAAAGUCCAGAGCCCUGCUUCCCGCCGCACAGAGGGGUGGCACGCAGCAGGGUGGAGACAGCCCCCCGCAGGCACCCCAGCUCCCCCGCUCAGGACCUGACACUCGCCUCACUUGUACUCAGAGUAUCCCGUCAGAGAGCAGAUGGUUAACGGAAGGGAAAAGCCGCCAUUUUACCGGAUCCCCAAAUUUGCAGAGUCCCCGGGCCCCUUUUGCUGAGCUGCCCGACGAUGAGAAGAUCUUUAACGGGGGUGACGGCAUGUGGCAGGGCCAGGAGCAGGCGCUGCUUCCCGAGAUCACCGAGGAGGACGAGGAGGCCAUCCGGCUGCGCGAGGAGGCCAUCCUGCAGAUUGAGAGUGACUUGUUGGAUGUAAAUCAGAUUAUCAAGGACUUGGCCUCCAUGGUGUCAGAGCAAGGAGAUGCCAUUGGGUCCAGCAGCGGCAGGGCCACGUGCCGGCAGAGCUCCAGCCCCGAGCCAGCCGUGGCGCCCCUGCGGCCGGGCCCUCACUCCCGCACCAAGACGCGCAAGCCCAACUUCAGCCCCCAGGAGACGGAGGUGCUGGUGCAGAGGGUGGCCCGCCACUACCCGCUGCUGUUCGGGGCGCUGCGGGGCACACCCUCCCGGAAGCACCGAGUGUGGAGCAAGAUCCUGCAGGCCGUGAACGCUCUGGGCUACUGCCGGAGGGACCUGGGCGACCUCAAGCACAAGUGGAGGGACCUGCGAGGGGCCGUGCGCAAGAAGCUGGCCGAGCGCCCGCGGGCCCCCGGCCUCGUCCUCACCCCUGUCGAGCGCAUGGUGGCCGAGACCUUCUCGGCCCCAGCCCCCCUAGGCGAGGGCCAGGCUGCCGAGCCCCUGCCAACGGACGAGGAAGACGAGGCCCCCAGCUGCCUGUGGCUACCCUUGCGGACCCUGGAUGGGCCAAGCCUGCCCGAACCUGACCCCCUGGACCUACGAGGAACUGUCCCUGCACCUGCCUCCUCGCCCUCCCCGCCAGCCUCCCCGGCCUCGGUGCCCCCUGCAGCUGCAUUCCCAGGGGCCCUUGGACCCUCCCCGCCCUCCACUGUGCCACCCCCGCCCCCCGGGAGGCCCGCAGCGGAGGCCUCCGAGUUUGAGCAGCGACUGCUGGACUCCCAUCGGCGACAGGGCGCCCUGCUCUCCCACUGGUCUCAGCAGCAGAGUGCACUGAUGGCCCAGCAGAACCUGCUGCUCCAGAGGCUGGCCGAGCAGAGCCAGCGGCUGGCCGACGGCGUCGAGGCCCUCAACCGGACCCUCGAGAGGCUGGUGGAGGCCUGCCCGGCCCGGGGAGCCUCGCCCACAGUCCUGGACGGCACCCCUGCUGGGGGAGUGGCCUCUGGGCCCACCAGAGGCCCCCAGGGCAGCCCCCAGGGCCCCCACCCGGGCCUGGAGGUCUUCUCAGGGAUGAUCCUGAAGGUGGAAGAGGAGGUCUAGGGUCUGGUCCCUGGAGGGCUGCACGAGGAGCGGGGACCCCAGCCCUUCUGAGAGGCAGGUUGGGGGACAGCAGGGCGGAGUUGGGGCCUCGAUGGAGCCGGCAAGGACACAGGACACACUCGUGCAGGGAAAGGCUCUGGGGCCGGUCGGUGGUCCUGGACAGAAGUCUACUCAGGGACGUUGUGGCUGGAAGACGCGGAGGGGCGCUGGCGGGGCCCGGCCUCCGCUCCGUCCCGCGCUCUCACCUGCUGUGCCGAGUGCCUUGGAGGGCAGAGCCAGCACCCCCUGCGGCCACAGGGGGUAUAGAGGGUUCGGUGUCCCCAGACCUGGAGGGGUGGCUCAGCGGGGUGUCAGGAAGGUCCCCAGAGGGUGACCUGGAGGGCCCACCGGAAGCCUCCUCCUCCUGGACGUGGGGACACUGUGGGCUGGGCUCCUGUGGUUUUCUGGGUUCUGCCCAGGACGCCCCCGUCUUGCAGCCUGUGGUCAUUUCUGCCCGGUGUUAGAUCUGUGGUCUGACAGACACACGUGUGCAUUUAUGUCACCUGGUACUGUAUGGGGCGGGAUACCAUUUUGUACCUACUGAUGUUUCUUGCAAAAAGAAUUAUUUUUCCUACAUGAGCAUAAAAUAACAACGGAGAAGGCCCUGCCGGUGGUGAUGCUCCCGAGUAAAUGAGACGGAGCCCGGUCCUGUUCCUCGCACGGGCUGUGCCUUUGUGUUUGGCCCCGGCAGGGAGCCCUGAGCGCUUGCUGGGUUUUCAGAUCUGCUCUCUCUGUUACCUCCUGUGCCCCUGGGAGAGGGGGGGA